CUCUUUGAUGGGCCUCAGAUCACGACAGCAGGCCCACUUUCAUUCCUCCUUCUUCCUGAAAACAAAAUCAUGAAUCAAAUUGGAACCCACAAAUUUGUCUUCAAGAGACGUAAUGGCAGAACCAAAACCAGACCCACCACACACUUCGUCAGAAAAAGACGUAAAAUCACCAAACAUAUUCAAAAGAGCUAAGGAAGAGAUUGAAGCUAUAGUUCACCAUAAUAGAUCACCACGCCACACCAAGGAAACACAUGGGACUAGUGAUGACAUUGAUGAGAACACUCCAGUUGAUGAAGUGAAAGGUCCAGGUGUGUUUCAUAGAGUCAAGGAAGAGAUUGAGGCCCUUGUCGAAGCGGUUCAUCAUAAGAACGAAUCUAGUAGUCACAAGUCUUCUUCAAAGUAAGUCUCGGAUUAUGCGGUUGCUGUAUCUGAAGAUGCUUCAUUUAUUCAAUUUGCUUCUUUGAGGCAAACGUGCUGUUUAGAUGAAAGAGAGUGUAUGCUAGGUUAUGUUACAACUGUUCUCUUUGAUAAUUUAUAUGAUUCUCUUUGUCUACAUUGCUACCUUCCUUAUGGAGAUAAAACUUAUAUAAUUCAUUAGGAUAGUCUUUUAUUUUCUUGAUAUGUCAAGAAUAAAAUCUCGGAUGAAAUCAAACUAGUAGUUUGUGUGA